AUGAACCUAUUUCAAUCGAAAUAUAGGGUGUUGGAGAAAAUAGGGGAGGGCUCAUUUUCCGACGUGUUGAAAUGCGAGAACAGGACGACGAAGGUAUGUUACGCGGCGAAGAGACUGAAGAAGAACUACAAAUCGGAGGAAAGUUGUCUGAUGUGCGCGGAGAUCGUCGCCGCCCAAAAGGUGCCCUUCCAUCCCAACAUACUCAACAUGAUGGAAUACCAUUUCGACACCUUCUCCGGCAAGGUGACCCUCAUAUUCGAAUUGAUGGACAUGUCGAUGUACGAUUACUUGAAGACGAAGCGCCGAGGCCUGCCCGAGAACAAAGUCAAAUGCUAUCUCUAUCAGAUACUGAGAGGACUGGCGCACCUGCACGAUCACGGUUUGUUUCAUAGAGACGUUAAACCCGAAAAUAUACUCAUCAAAUUCCCGUCGAUACUCUACGCGCCGCUCUCCCAGUCCACCUCCGACGAAAUCAUCAAACUGGCCGACCUGGGCUCCGUCAGAGGCAUCUUCAGCUCCCCGCCUUACACCGAAUACAUAUCGACCAGAUGGUACCGGUCGCCCGAGUGCCUCCUCACCGUCGGCAACUACGGCCCCAAAAUGGACAUUUGGGCGGCCGGCUGCGUCUUCUACGAAAUGCUCACCUUGAGACCCCUAUUUCCCGGCAACAACGAAAUCGACCAACUGUGCAAAAUCCACCACGUUCUCGGCUCGCCCAACAUCAACUACCUGGUGCGCCUCAAGUCGCGAUCGAGACAUUGCAUCUGCUUCCCGAAGAUCAAAGGCACCGGCACCAGCGGCUUGUUGCCCUGCAUCAGCCGCAACGGACGGACCGUGCUCGAUCUAAUGAUCGAGUACGAUUGGGAGAAACGAACCAACGUCAAGCGAUUGGUCAAACACCAAUACUUCGACGACAUCCGCGGCGCCCUCGACGCCGGCCUCAAGACCAUCGACAAGAGCAUGGGCGACGACGGCAGCGUCAACUCCAACGAUCGCAUGAUCAAAAAGAAAAUACCCAAACGCGAGCACUACAGCGACGAGUCGCGGCGCAGCAGCUCGAACCAAGUGGCCCGACCGAAGAUGUUCAAGCACACCGCCUCCGAGGACUCGCGCAAGGAGGAGGACUACGCCAACCGGAGCACGUGCAGCUACAGGAACACGAGCAAGAACAGCGCCGACAGCAAGGACACCUACCAUUCGGACCAUCCCAACAGGAAGCUGCCGUUGGGCGAUUUCAAAGCCAAGCGAUCGUCUGAUGAGACCCACGGCACGCGGGAUCCCAUCAAGCGGAUCCUGCAGAAGGGCAAGGACGUGCCGGCGCGGUUCCUAAAGGCGAGGAGCAACAUCGACUGCCAGGGGAAGAAGAGCAUCACCAGCGAGUCGUUCAGACAGCCGAAGCCGUACAGGCAGCUCCAGUCCAAGUCCUUCGUGAUGCCCAGGAAGAACGUGCCGCCCAAAUCGAAGGAGAACGUCAUGCCGCAGCAAACCAACGAAACCACCAAUUACCGAGAACUGGUCCAAACGUAA